AAACAGAAAUCAAAAUACCUGAAGAAAAGCUUAGCAAAUCCUUUGAAGUGGAAGCUAAAGCUCCAGAAUUUAAAGGUACAAAAAUAGAAACAGAGGGGUCACCAUCCAAGUAUAAGAUGCCGACAUUCAAGAUGCCAAAAUUUGGACUUUCUGUUCAGAGUUCCACAGCAGAAGUGCCUCAUUUGGACAAAGAUUUGAAGAUAACUGAAGGAGAAAUGACAAUGUCAGAGGAGGUCAUUGUAGUUAGCACAGAAGGACCAAGUGUUGAAAUUGGGGAUUUAUCCAUAGAGUCAAAAAAACAGGGAAAUGAACAUGAAGGAAAAGGAAAAAGGUUUAAGUUGCCAAGUCUUGGAUUUUCUGCUACACAGACCAAAGUGCCGGACACAGAUUUAAGCUUGAAGACAGGUGUAGAUGUUACACAACCAGAACUCAAAGCUGAAGUCAAAUUUCCUGAUGAUGAACUGAAAAGAAUAGAAACAGAAAUAGAAACUAAAGGACCUGAAUUUCAAGUCGAAGCAAAGGACAUUGGAGGAUCAACAUCCAAGUUUAAAAUGCCAACUUUUAAAUUACCCAAAUUUGGGCUUGCCACUCAAAGUUCCACUGAAGAAGUACCCUCUUUUGACAAAGGUGUCAAAAUCAGUGGCGGUGAAACCACAGGCUUAGAGGAGGUACUUAUAGUUACCACAGAAGGACCAAGCAUUGAAAUCAAGGGGUCAUCAGUAGAUUUCAGCACCGAAGGAAGUGAUCUUGAAGGAAAAGGAAGGAAGUUCAAACUGCCAAGUCUGAGUUUUUCAGUACCUCAAGCCAAAGAGACAGAGACUGAUUUGAGCUUAAGGACAGAUGUAGAGGUUAAAGUACCAGAGGUAAAAGCUGAAGUCAAACUUCCAAGCAACAAAUCUUCUGUUGAAGUGGAAACUAAAGCACUUGAAACCAAAGAUACAAAAAAGACUAUAGAAGGAUCACCCUCCAAAUUUAAAAUGCCAAAUUUCAAGUUACCAAAAUUUGGGCUUGCUACUCAAACUUCCACUGGAGAAGAACCUCCAUUAGACAAAGGUGUAAAACUAGUAGAAGGUAAAAUCACAACUUCUGAAGAGGUUAUUGUAGUUACCACAGAAGCACCAACCAUUGAAAUCAAGGGUCCAUUAUUAGAGCUAAAAACUGAAGGAAUUGAUCAUGAAGAAAAAGGAAAAAAGUUUAAGUUGCCAACUCUAGGUUUUUCUGCGACAGAGGUCAAAGGGACUGGCAGUGAUUCAGGGUUGUCAAAGACAGAAGUAGAUGUUACAUUGCCAGAAGUAAAAGCUGAAGUAAAACUCCCUGAUGACGAGAAUCUGAUAAAAACAUCUGCUGCAAUAGAAAUUAAAGGACCUGAAAUCAAAACAGUGACAAAGGAAGCUGAUGGUUCACCAUCCAAAUUUAAAAUGCCUGGAUUCAAGUUACCAAAAUUUGGGCUUACUACUCAAAGCUCUACGGAAGAAGGUCCUCCUUUGGAGAAAGCUGAGGAGGAUAGUGAACCUAAAAACACUGUCACCAUGAUAGAUACUAAGGCGACUGAAAUAACGGUUGUGUCAAAGGACACUGAUGGAUCACCAUCCAAAUUUAAAAUGCCAACAUUCAAGUUGCCAAAAUUUGGCCUUGCUACCCAAAGUUCAAACAAACAAGUACACGAUGCCAAAACAGUGAAAGGUGAAAGUACUACUUUGGAGGAAGUUCUCACAGUUACAACAGAAGAACCAAGCAUUAAAAUUAAGGGUCCAUCUGUGGAUCUAAGGAGUUCAGAAACUGAUGAUGAAAGAAAAGGAAGUAAAUUUAAACUUCCAAGCCUUGGUUUUUCAUUAUCACAAUCCAAAGGACCGCAUACCAACAUCAGCUUACCCAAGGCAGAUGUAGAUGUCACAGCACCAGAAGUCAAAGCUGAAGUUCAUUUUUCCGAUGCAAAAGUGGAGCAACCUUCUGUGCAAAUGGACGUUAAGUCUCCAGAGAUCAAAGCUGAUAUUGACACUACAUCAGAAGUUAAAAUGCCUAAAAUUACAUUACCUAAAUUUGGAGCUGUAACCCCACAUAUCAAUAUGGAAAUACCUAAAAUGACCAAAGAGAAAAGGGGUGAUGUGGAUCUUCAUGUUGAUACAGAUUCAGUAGAUUUGAAUGUGAAAGAAGGGGAACUAAAGAAAUAUGAAGUCCAGCUACCUGGUGCUGAGGCAAAAGGCGAAGAUGUACCUACAGUUGAACUUGAAGGUAAAGUAAAACGGCUAAAUUGGACUUUUCCUAGCAUCUCAUUUUCAAGAACUGGUGGUAAAGCCUCUGAAGUCGAUGUCAACAUGGAAGCUCCAAAAGCUGGUGUUACGUCAAUGGAGACCAAAAUCUCAGAUGUUGAUGUUAAAAAAUCUUCAAUGGUCCCUGCAGUAGAAGCAACCCCAGCUCCAGAACUUGACCCAGGCUUAAAGAAAAGUAAGUUUUCACUUCCCAGAUUUUCAUUUUCAAAGCCAAGCUUGAAGGAGCCUGAAGUAAAAGCUGACCUCCCAGAUCACGGAAUAGAAGUCGAAAAUUAUGAAACCGACAUGACAACAGAGUUCAAACUCUCUGCAGAUGAAGACAAAAACGUCCUAACUGCUUUUGAAAUGACAACUUCUGAGGCUGAAGUCAAGUCCAAAAAAUUCAAAAUGCCAACUAUGAAAAUGCCAAGAUUUGGCAUUUCGUCUUAUGAGGUAACAACAGAGACGCACAUCUCAGAUCAAACAGCUGAAGACAAUGGAAGUCAGCUGGGAGAGGGUGCUGCUGUUAUCAUCAAAGGUCCAAAGAUUGAUUUUAAAUCAGAUGCCCCCAAAUCAGAACAACCAGAUCAAGAAACCCUAAACACAGAAAGUGAUAGUGCGGUUCAAGGAUCUCCAAGUAAAUUCAAACUGCCUACCUUUAAAAUACCACGGCUGGGUCUUUCAAGAUCCAAACCUGAAGAUGAAUCCGUUCACUUUGAGCAUGAAAAUAAUGAAGAUCAACUGGAAAUGAAGACUGAGCCAAAAGAAGAAAACCUAUCACCAAAACUGACUUUAACAUCAUUUGGUGACAUUCUUAAGUCGAUUGAUGUUGACUUUGACGUUCGAAAAGUGGACAAAGUUGAUCAAGAUGUUGAAACCUCAAAGGAAUUUCAUGAACCAGGUGAACCCACCACAAUUCACAUAGCGGCAAAAACAAAGAAAGAUACCACCAAAAGUCCAGAGAGCUCGAGCUGGUUUAAAUUCCCGAAGUUUGGCCCGUCUUCCCCAACAGAACAACAAAAGAUUCCUGACAAAGCAGAACAAGUAAAAGAUGGCAGCCCAGAAGGGGAAACCAAGGACGAGGAAGUAAGUCCCACCCUUUCUGUCCAAUCAUCAGAUGCUUUUGCUGAUGUAAGCUCUACAAUCACAAGUGAGCCUGUUGGCCCAUUCAUACCUUCCCCAACCAAGGUGACGGUCAAAUACUCUGACGAAAGUGCAGGUGCUGGACUUGAAGAGAUGCACAGUGACAUCAUGACUUCCACCACAAGGACUGAGCUGAUUACAGAUGUGCCCUCCUUGCCGGAGAAGAUCACUAUUUUGUCUUCUGGUGUUUCAUCUUCUUCUGAAGAUACAGUAAGGCUAACGUCGGGAAAAAUACACAUCAUUACAUCAAACAUACAGCCUACUCCUGAGUCACAACAUGCCAAGAUUCUGUCUGCUGUCCAAGUCCAAUCAGCCGAAGGCUUUGCUUUGCAGUCGGAGGGAGAUGAAGCUCCAUCGUGGAUGGUCCAAGAUGUUCAAAGUGCCACAAGGACAGUCAAACACUUAGUCCAAGAAACAACAACUGAAAGAAGUGAGAACAAGGAGACCGUGGUUAUAACCAAACAAAUCACCCAUAUAUUUGGCCCCACAGACCCCAUCUCAGGGGAGACAGCAUCAUCUAUUCAACGUCUCAAAGACUCUGUGCACACUGAGAAAAUGAGGUUCUUUGAUGAGGCUGAGAAGUGAAAGAAGAAUUUGAAUUUGUGCUUAAAGAUACAACUCCUUGUUAAGGCUCGCCAUAAAAGAAGGGCAUAGAGUUUCACCACCUGAAGUUAAAAACAAAAUGGCAACUGGAUGAGGGACCAAUCUAACACACCAAUCACUGAAAGUUCUUUGUUAGCAUCCAGGUAUCACCACGGCAAUGUGAUGUGGAGUUGCAUGCUUAUUGAGCUUUAUAGAAUUGCACCGCUGUAACAAAGUGCGACUGUUACAUUUAUGUUGUGGUCAAGAUGUUAAUAAGCUGGUUAAAUUAUUCUCCUCAAUGCAUAACAUAUGUUUGUUUAUAGUAAACAAUGUUUGAUUUAUGCUAGCAUACACAGUGCCUUGCAAAAGUAUUGAUAGCAUCAUCACAUUUCAUUACAUUACAGCUACAGCAUUCAUGAAGUUUCAUGGGGAUUUUGGAUCCUAAAAUGGUGGAAAACAAUAUAUGGUAUUUAAAUUAAGUGAAUAUUACCAAUAUUCUUAAAGAAAAAUCUGGAAAAUGUGAUAUAUGUGUUAACACACAACCCUCCUUAAGUUCUCAAUAGAUACUAGAAUUACUUUUGGCUGCAAAUCCCAAGGGUGCGUUUCUGGAGGCUUUGUAUAUCUAGACAAAGGGAACUUUUCACAUUGUUCUGUGAGCCUUAACCUUCAACUCUUGCCACAAACUGUUAUUUGGACUGUCCUCCCUGAAGAGUAGCAUCCCCACAGCAUGAUUCUACUAGCACCAUUAAAGGGGCAGUAUUAUGUAAAAUAAACUUUUUUGAGCUUUACAUCACGUUAUAAUGUUAUCCCUCAUCAAAAAUCAUGCCUGGAGUAUUGGCUUGACAAAUUAAGCUCCAUGGCAACCAUUCUUGGGGGAACCUAGUGCCACUUUCAAGAUGCAGCUCCUCCUAUGAGAUCAGCUCCUUCAGACUAGUCAGCAGCAAUUAGCAAACACGUGGUGGAACUGCACA